UUUUAAUUCUGCAAGGUACACAGAAUGUAAAAUUACCCUCUAGGGCUCCUUUAGGUCCAGUUAUGUACCUUAAAUGAGUAGUAAAGGUACAUUACAUUAUUUUUUAAAAGGACACACUCCUGGUGCGACCUCCGUGAGAAGCAGUUGUACCCUGAAAAGUACACCUCUGUACCUUUUUUGAGUGUGCUCUCUGACUCGGCGAGUACCAUGUGGGAAUAACGGAGGUGUGAUCAGGGGUGGGAGCAGAGCGAGAGGGUUGUAGCCCAGAGGAUUUGGCAGAGCUUGGUCCAGGCUCCAGAAGGCACGGUGGAUGAUGACCAGCCUGUUUCGGCGCAGCGCCAGCAGUAACGGUAGCCAUGGCUCACGGGAAGAUAACCUAGGUGACGGCGGAUCUGAGCUCAAUAACGGCAAGCCUUCUCGACAGGUGCGGCGGCUGGAGUUCAACCAGGCCAUGGAUGAUUUCAAAAUCAUGUUCCCGAGCAUGGACCACGAGGUGAUCGAGUGCGUGCUGCGGUCGAACAACGGCGCCGUGGACUCUACAAUUGACCAGCUCCUGCAGAUGAGCCUGGACGGACAGGGUACUGAUGAAAGCUCUGACUCAGAGGACAGCAUCCCUGCAGAGAUCCUGGAAAGGACAUUAGAGCCGGACAGCUCAGACGAAGAACCCCCACCUGUAUACUCUCCACCCUCCUACGAAAUGCACAUCUACGACAGGAAGUACCCGGCCGACGUGCCACCCUUCCCUCCUCCCAGGUUUGAUGCUCAUCCACCUCCCAGCCAAAGGCAGGUUAGUGGAUACAGGAACUGGAACCCGCCAUUAUUAGGCAACCUCCCUGACGACUUCCUGAGGAUCCUGCCCCAACAGCAGGACAGUCUGCAGCGUUCACAGAGCAGCCUGUCCCAGCCUUCCUCGUCCUCCUCAUCCUCAUUGUCAUCUCUGACGCAGUACUUGGCUUCAGAGCAUGACAGGAAGUUGAAGCAGUACCGGAGGGAUGAGCGCAUUGCCCUCUUCCUGCAGAACGAAGAGUUCAUGAUGGAACUGCAGCGCAACCGCGAGUUUCGUAUUGCCCUGGAAAGAGAUCGUCAGAGGCACGAGUCUCUGAAAUAUCAGGCUUAUCAUUCAUCUGCUUGCAUGGAGAGUUCCACUGAAGGAGAUCACAGCCCCGGUUCAGAUGAUGCCUUCAGAGACAAACUUAAGCACAUGGGCAAAUCUACACGGAAGAAGCUGUUAGAAAUUGCUAAAUCUUUCUCUGAAAAAACACGGAAAAGAAAGUCCAAGAAGAAGCCUCCGCUCAAGCAUCACUCACUAGCCACUGCCGCCUCCACUGCCAACCUCCUGGAGGAUGUAGAGGGAUUUCCAGGAGAGGACCACGGCAUGCUCAGGAGACCCGGCACUCAGGAUAAGGACGAGUCGGAGAAAGAAGUGGUGUCAUGACUUUCCUGUGUGAUGGUGGGAUGAACCUCUAUCCCUCUUUGCCAUCUGUAUUGGCCUGGAUGAGUCUGGAGGGGCCAACAAGUAGCCCUUAUCUAAAGGUUUACAUCAGCAAGCCGGAAAAGAUAAACACCGUGUUAACUUAGAACUUUGAAUCACACUGUAUUUUAAAAUGUUAUUUAAUUUAUUGUAUGUUUUUUGGCCAUUAGAGUUAAUUUAAGGAGGAAUAUCAUGCCAUGGUGGAGUUGAGGAUGUGUGUCUAGGUUGUUUUGACACUCAGGACAAGCACAAACUCCUCUCCGUUCACCACAGCAAAGAUUUUCAGCCAUGAUUGAUAAUAAUAAUAAUAAUAAUGAUAACAAUAAUGAUAAUCUGUGUUUAAAACUCAGGUUUGUACCUAUAAACAUAUAUAAUAGAUGGCCAAAAGCACA